AUGGCCACUCCCAUCCCCAUCAUCGUCUGCGGCGCCACACAGGCCGUAGCCGUGCAAGUAAAAUCCAACAUGCUCCCCGAAUUCGACGUCGUCUACGCCGGCUUCGACCUCCCCGCCACCCUGACCGAAGUCCCCCAAAUCCUCUCCAACCGCACCUCCCCUCCCCCGUCCAGCACCCUCCACACGCAACUCGGCUCCAACGACUUCACGACCAACGGCUUCCCGCGCGCCGUCGUCGCCGGCGGCGGCUACACCGACGAGGCGUUCAACAAGCUCUUCCAGGCGUGCGUGCAGGCGUGCGGCGGCGGCGGGUCCGACGAGGACGCGAAGCUGCUGCCCGUGCCGUUUUUCAGGGUCGAUAACGGUAUUACGAGCAGGCUGGUGGCCGAGGGGAAGAUGCCGGCGACUGGGACGCCCGAGUAUCCGGCGGCGAUUGCGGGGAGGUUGAAGGAGAGGUUGAGGGAGGUGGGGGUGGUGGAGGGGGAGGGGGAGCGGAGGAAUGGGGGGAGCGUGUUUAUGUUUUGA